GGCAUACGUGAUAUUCUGAGCCGCACUGUAAAGGGGGCCGUCCCUGUUCAGUGGAGAUCUGCCGGAGGAAGGCCCAUCUAAAGAUCAUCAGAAGAUAUCACCGAUUCAGACGCUAGUUUGACGGGAGGGUGACACCGGAUCAUAAGGGGACAAGUCAAAGGCUGUCUGUAAAGAGUAGCUCGGCCAAGAUGGAUGUGUUUAUGAAGGGUUUGUCUAAAGCAAAGGAGGGGAUGGCUGUGGCUGCAGAGAAGACCAAGGAAGGAGUUGCAGUGGCAGCUGAAAAGACCAAAGAAGGGGUUAUGUUUGUAGGUAGCAAGGCCAAAGACAGCGUGGGCUCAGUGGCUGAGAAGACCACCGGAGCUGUCGGGAACAUCGUCGCUGCCACUGGUUUGGUAAAGAAGGAUGAGUUCCCGACUGACAUGAACCCUGAGGAGUAUGGGCAGGAGGCCAUGGAAGGCCAGGGAGAGGCAAUGCUGGAGCCAGAAAGGGAGGCAUAUGAUGACUCCCAGCAGGAGAGCCAGGACUACGAUCCGGAAGCAUAAAUGCAGAAGUCCGAAUCACCAUACAACCAGCAGCACAAUAACAUUUCUACCAAUAAAAAGGACAGAUGCUGAAGCUAUUACAAUUAUAUCCCUGUUGCAAAAAAAAAUCCAAGAAAAAACGCAAGCAUUCCCAGUGAAAAAUGUUCUUCCUUCAAGACAAAUCUUUUAAUAUUAGUAUAUAUUGUAAAUGUCAUGUUAUUAAUGUAAUGUGUUGGGUGUAGGUAUUUAUUAAUGUAGAAUUUGUCCUCUCAGUCUCAUUUCCUUGAUUCCCUCCCAAUGAAAUGAGACAAGAGCCAGGACUUGUGACUUUGUAUUUGUGCGUAUCUGUAUCUAGAAAUGUGCAAUAGAUGUUCAUCAACUUCCAAUGAGACAUUGGGAGUGAAAGCAUAACAAUAAAUAAGUAAAUAUGACCUGUUGCAAGCAGAUAUGAGAACAACAAUACCCUCUUAAAUGUCGACAAUGCCUGUUUGUGUUUUUUUUUUCUUCUUCUUUCUUUUUUUUGCAUUUUUUUGGAGAUGGGCUUGUUUUUAAAGUAAGAGUUUUUUACAUUGUAUCUUUAUAGUUACUUGUGAAAUCAUUCCACUAAACUGUCUGUUAUAAACCAACAGAGUGUACAUGUUUGUGUGCGUGCGUGUGUUUGUGUACUCGAGAUUUUAACAAGUUAAAGUCAAUAUAAGCUGUCUUGGAAACAUAAUGGUUGUCAUAUCAAUAUGUGCUUUAAAUUGCAGGUCUUGUCAAUAUAAAGGUUUUCUGUGUUAAGCCAGACAACAAAUCCUCUGUAAAUAAAAAGUUUGAAAAACAAA